AUGGCUGCUACAGUUGCUAAACCCGGCCUCAUUCCCCGAAUGCUCCAGGAGCAUAAUCUCCACCCUUUCGAUAAUUCAAAUACCAAAAACGAUGUCGAUACCGCUACUAUCUCGAAGCCAGACACCGGAGCUGAGCCAAAGGUGCCGCCACAGCACCAGCGAGUUAAGCUAGCUGACUUUUCUCUCGUGAGGACUUUAGGAACGGGUACCUUUGCUAGAGUUUGUCUAGUCCGUCCUGCUGCCGGUACCGACGAAGACCGCGAGAAAGUCUUUGCCCUCAAGAUCCUACGCAAGGCCGAAGUCAUAAAAUUAAAGCAGAUUGAUCACGUACGAGACGAACGCCGCAUAUUAAGCGAUGUCGCCGGUCACCCCUUUAUUACCGAACUAAUUACUACUUUCUCCGACCAUGACUCUCUAUACAUGCUCCUUGACUACGUCCCCGGGGGUGAACUCUUCAGCUAUCUGCGAAGGCACCGUCGAUUUCCCGAGGAAUGGGCACAGUUCUACGCGGCCGAGAUUGUGUUAGUGCUCCAGUAUCUUCACGACGACCAGGGCGGCGUGGCAUAUCGCGAUUUGAAACCUGAGAAUCUUUUAUUGGAUGGUCAGGGUCAUGUCAAGUUGGUUGAUUUUGGAUUUGCGAAGAGACUCGGCAGCAGGGAUAGUAGGCCUGUUGAGACAUACACUCUUUGUGGCACACCCGAGUAUUUAGCACCCGAGGUGAUCCAGAACAAGGGGCAUACCAUUGCUGUGGAUUGGUGGGCAUUGGGUAUCUUGAUAUAUGAAUUCCUGACUGGUUAUCCCCCCUUUUGGCAUCAGAACCCUAUCGAGAUCUACAAACAAAUCAUUGAGAAACCUGUUCUCUUCCCGGCUGAGCCCCCUAUAUCAUCUCCCGCGCAGAAUAUCAUUAGGUCGUUAUGUACGGUAGAUCGCUCACGCCGACUGGGAAAUCUCAUUGGCGGUACUCAGCAAGUCAAAACGCAUCCGUUCUUCGAAGGCAUAGAUUGGGAUGCGCUCUACCACAGACAGGUCAGACCACCAAUCCAACCUAACAUUAGAUUUCCAGGCGACGCGCAAUGCUUUGACAUUUACCCAGAGGACGACGGUAAACGGGACCCGUACACGGACGAAAUGUCUCGUCAAUACGAUGGCUUUUUCGAAGGAUUUUGA